GAGGAUUCCCAAGCCCGGGCGGAGGCCUGGGACAGGACCUGGGGCCUGGGCCGACUGCCGCGCCGCGCCUUGGGAACGACACGGGCGACGAGGACGAGGAUCCGACAGUGGCCGCCGCCAUCAUGCCGGAGCAGCUCGCCAGGAUCCUGGGCACCCGCCCGGUCACCCGGGAGCCGACGGAGAUGGUCCCGUACGCCGAGCAUGCGGCGGGAAUCCAUCCGCGCGACCCGUACUAUCUGGCUCGCCUGGGGCCCUGGUCCAGGGUGGUCCAUCGUCCGGCCAGCCCCCACCUAGACGACGGGAUCGCGGAAUGCGGUCGCCGCGUCGAGCAACGUCGCAGCCUUUUCUUUUGUCUUGCCUCCCUCCCGCCCUCCCUCCCUUGCCCGCCUUUCACUGGUCAUGGCCGCCCCGUCGUCCUCGACCGCCGCCUCGUCGACUUCCGCACCUUGGCGGCCGAGGCGGGGGCGGGGGACAUCGUGGUGAGGUACCUGGGGGCUCGCGGCCUGGCCCGCACGGCCACCCUCGCCCUGGUGGAGCCAAACCCGACGAGGUUCGAGGCCACCGUCGUUGGCCCGUUUCUGGCGGGCUUUCGCGACGCCUCCUCGGGGACAGAGUUUCUGGUCCACGAGGGGGAGCGCCCGGCCGUCCGGGCGGUGCUCCUCCACAUGUACCUGGAGGCCCGGACGCAGUGGGAGGCCUGGUCCGCCCAGCGGGCGGCGGCCAUUGGGGCGAUAACGCCUUUGUCUCCCUCGGCAUCCGCCCUGCCCGCCCUGCCGCUCCCGCCGGUUGUCGUCGCAGGCCCGCCCCCCAAGUCCUUCGACGCCUGGGGGCCCCUGGUCAAGGCCUACAACGACAAACUCCUCGAUGGCAAGCCCAGCUCAUUCCCCACGAGACGCCUGGCAGGGGCGGAUGCCGUGCUCGCCAGGAUCUACCACGGGCACACCGUCUCUAAGGCCUACACGCCGUUUUUUCUGGGCGAGAUUUUGGCAGCCAGGACCUGGAUAUGCGGGGACGAGCUAAAUCGCCUGGCGGUUCCCCAGAAGGAGGAGGUUACCGCCGAUAUUAUGGCGGACACCUCCUCCUGGCUGGAGGCCAUGGCCACGCCGCCGCCCAGGCCCGAGCCCAAGAAGCCCGCCAGGCCACCGCCGCCCCCUAAGGCCGAGCCCGACCAAGGGGCGGACUGGACCCCCCCGGCCCAGAAGUGGCAGCGCACGGGGAAGGGCAAGAAGGGGCAGAAAGGCCAGAAGGGCGGCAAGAAAGGCAACAAGGGCGCCGGGAAGGGCAAAGAGCGCCAACGUCGUCAGGAUGAGCAGCCCAACCGCCCGGAAGGGCGGUCCAUCAUCGUCCUGUCCGCCUUCGACGGCAUCGGCGCUUCUCACUGGCUGGUCGCCAAGGCCUUCGGACGGCCCUUGCUCGCCGUUUCCUGGGAGGUCGACCGGGCAUGCAAGGCGCUGGUGCAGAAGGCCAUGGUCUGGGUGGAACACAGGGGCGACCUCACCCGAGACUCGGGGGACGUGGCCGACCUGGUCAUGGACGCCGACCCCGACGCCCUCCCCCUGAUCGUCUGGUGCGCG